AUGGCUGCCUUUGAGGCCCUCGAAUAUUUCCGGGCGCGCAAUGCUAAGGACGGGAUUACUGCAGUGCUGAAGCUGCGGGCGGCUGCUUCGUGGGCGCAGAUCUCUCUGUCGCGUGCUGUGGGCCCGCUCUUCUCGGAGACAAGCACAGACGGAUUUGCAGGAACCCUCCAGACCGUGCAGGACCUCCUCUUUGAAUGCAAAGCAGAGGGCCAGCAAGAGCAGCAAGUCCAUCUUCUCGACGUCCUCGCGCACGUGCACCUUAUCCGAGACAACUCCAACCGAGCCUUGAAGUGCUACAAGGAGGCCUUGAGCCUGGCCAAAGAGGUUUCCAGCUCUGUGAGCCAUCUGCAAGGAACUUUUGACAUGAUUCGGCGGCUGCGAUCCGAGCCUCCUGCUGCGGAAGCUUUCGACGCAGAGGCGCAGGUGCCCAGCUUGCCCCAACUGGUGCAGGAGGCACUGAAGGGCAGCGGCGCCUCCGUGGACCGUUGCCGCCUGGCCUUGGUGGACUUCUUGGCACAGAAGACGAAGACGCACAGCGCCGCCCGCGCGGCCCUCCAUGAGGCCUUGCAAGGCUUGGAGGGCUCGGGCAUGGGGCUCCUGGUGCUGGGGAAGAUGGACUUGACCUCCGCCGAGGCGGUGACGAGGCUCCACCAGGCCAGCCGGGCUUUCCGGGUAGAUGGCCUCCCGGAGGCCGAGGCCACGGCCUUGCAGGCGCUGGCCACGGCGUUGUUGGUGCAGGUUCGGCCCGAUCCAAUGAAUGCCUUGCAGGCUGCGGAGGAGGCCCAGGCACUCUUUAAGGAGGUGAAAGACCUUCGUGGCGAGGCCAUUGCCCUGCAACUCAUCGCCAACUGCCGGAUGCUCUUGCAGGAUCGGGAUCGAUGCAUCACAGCAGGCUACGAGGCCUUCCGGCUCUUCGUGCAGGUGGGGGAUGACCACGGCAGCAAGAUCGCCUACAAGCUCCUCAACAGCCUUGGGCAAUCCGAUCAGCAGAUUCGCGCAUCUGCUGUGAAGAAAGAAGUUGCACGAUUUGAUGAGGUGAGGGUUAGUGAAGAGAAGCCGGAGGUGUCAGAAGAGCUCCGGGCGAUCAUGGCAGAGCAGGUGGUUUGGGAAUACGCUUGGGUCCCUUCCGAGACCCAAGAUCCCAAGUACUUUGGCGAGAAGCGGCCGAGUGGCACUCGCCGCAUCCUGGUUGCCAGUGAGCUUCGAGAUCCGCGGCUCACCCAGCAGCUGGCGCGUUGCCGGGCAAAAAGCCAAAAAGCGAAGCCUUUCUUCGCAAACCUCAUCAACGGCCGGCUUCUGACGGCGAGUGCCAUGGAGUCUGCCAUGCAGGCAUCCUUGUGCACUGCGGCUGUCUAUGAUGUGACGCGACUCAACAACCUAACCCACUUGGAGGUGAUGGACGUCGCGAUCCGAUUGGUGAAAGCGUUGCAGCCCAUUGAGGAUCCCAACAAAGUUGCUCUGGACAUCGUGCUGUCUUCCACACAGAGCAUCGCGUCCGUCCAGGGCAUCCGCAUGCCCUUCCAUUCCACUUUGUGGGGGUUCUGUAGGUCCGCGAGGAUUGAGAAUCCAACUCACGAGUUCCGCGUUCUCGAUGUGGAUGCGAAGACCUUCAAGCAGGACAUGGCCUUUAUCACCCGAUACUUGUUGGGUGCACAAAGUACACGGCCCAUGGAGGCCAUCGUGAGGAAGGGUGCCUUGCAUGUGGCCAGGUUAGUGAGUGCCAGGGCUGAGCUCAAGGCGCCUAUGAAGAUGGUCCGGAAGGUCUAG